AUGGACAAACUUGACUGGCAGAACUAUCCCCUUGGCCUGUCCUCGUAUUCACCAGCUCUUGACGAUGGACGGCUCUGUCAGAAGGAACUAAAAUCAGUAUCGACCUCAUGGCGGUCAGAGAAAUACCCAGCUGCCUCGAAGGUGUUGGUCCUGGAUCACGAUCGUGGCGUAGGGAAGAAACAACUUUGCGACGAUGAGGCACUGCAUAAGUUACUACUAGAAUCGACUCCUCACGAGAAAGUCUUGCACCGUAUAAACACGAAUGCCGCCGCUGUUAGCGUACUCAAAGCCAAUGCGCUUGUCGACGAGAAGGCCGAGGCUCACGGCGAAGACGAAGUCGCGGACGAACUGAACAUUUCGCUGGACUCUCUACUUAAAGUCUUGACUCGAUAUGAUUUCCCUCCUUCCGCCUGCUCGCAUAUACGGGGACAAGAGCAGAUAUUUGGAUCCCGCAUUGGGCGAGAUGAGCAGAAGAAUGACGUAACUACAUUUGAUUUCUGGUAUGCAAUACGAGCAAGAGCGUACAUUCGUGCCGUUGAUAAAGAGGCAGAUUUGAAGAUGACUAUAGUGACACACUACGACGUCAAAUCGCAAUCGAGCAUCAUACUAUUAAAGCAUCGCUCAUUCAACGAUCUUCCCAAAUCGCUAAAGGAUGAACUUCACGAUAAAUUGAUAGAUUUUAUCCUUGACCCUAGCACCGCCUCUCUCGCAGGGAACCCAUUCGCGCUACACCUCCUCCAUUUCAAUAGUACCAUUCAGUAUUAUCGACGGGCCGCCCGAGAUCCCCGAGAUUCUGUUGGAAAGGAAGAGAUCAAGGCACAUGGAGGGAGUUCUGACCUAGGAGAGAUCGAUAUACGACGACUACAUCUGACUCUUACCAGUCUCGACCAAGAUAAGCUGCAAUUAAAUUUUAUCCUUGGGGUUCUCUCACGCUUGCGGAAGCAGCAUGACCAGUUUUAUAGGAUGGUGAAGGGUACUCCUGAUCCAGAUAGCCGGGAUUGGCUGUAUACCCGUGUAGAGGAGGAGUAUGAUCGUUUUGAGAACCAGAUCACAUACUUCAAAACGUCAAUAGAGAAUGUGGCAACCCGAGCGCAAAGGCUUUUGGACCUGGGGUUUCUAGGGACAAAUCUUGUGUCAGGCCCCGGUCAGUCUGAUGGUCCUUCCAUGAAAAACAGCAAUACCACAAUUUGUGAUAUCGUCCCAGUGGUGGAUUUUUUCAAGUAG